AGUGGGUCUUUACGAAAGUUGACAUUGGCAGUCAUUGGUGCUGACAUUGGGGCACGUUGCUCCGAGAUUAAUAAUGUAUCGUCCUCCACAAAUCGCCCGUAUUUUCCGUCGAUGCUGUCAGUCCAACAGAAAUGUGGUCAGAUGCAUCAGCAGUCGCAGUAGCAGACUUCACAACUGGCACAUGAGAAAAAUUACUGAUGAAGUGAGUACAAGACAUCAACAGUUGUUUCGUCGGAAGCCGGUAUGUUCUCUACAGCGGUUUUAUGCAACAGAUCUGCCAAUGCACUACAAGAUCGCGCUGCCAGCACUGUCACCCACUAUGGAGGCAGGUACUAUUGUGAACUGGCAGAAGUCGGAGGGUGAUCGUGUAGUGGAGGGUGAUCUCCUGGCAGAGAUAGAGACAGACAAAGCUACCAUGGGGUUUGAAUCUGUUGAGGAGGGCUUCCUUGCACGAAUCUUCAUCCCUGCAGGAACAAAGGACAUCCCUGUGGGGAAGUUGCUGUGCAUCGUAGUGGAGGAAGAAGAACAUAUUGCAGCCUUUGCCGAUUAUGUACCAACAGCUGAGGACAUGGAUCCAUCUUCAGGAGAAGCAGCAGCCCCUCCUCCUGCCCCUCCCACGCCAGCACCAUCACCUCAACCACCAGCAGCGGCCCCUGUGGCUCCUCCCUUCGCACCAACACCAAUGUCUGCCCCCACUCCGACUCCUGCUAUGGGGGCUGCCCCUGGGGGUAAGGUACAAGCCUCGCCCUUAGCCAGGGAACUUGCCAGACAGAAAGGCAUUGACCUUACACAAGUGCAGGGAUCUGGGGGCGAUGGUGAAAUCCGUGCCGAUGACGUGAGAAACUUUGUCCCUGGUGUAGCGGUCGUGGCCCCCACAGCCCCAACAACUGUUCCAGGAGCGGCUUACAUGGACAUCUCCCUCUCCUCUAUGAGACAGACGAUAGCCAAGCGGUUACUACAAUCCAAACAGACAAUUCCACACUACUAUCUUACCAUUGAUCUCAAUGUUGAUAAGGUGUUAAGAUUAAGAAGAGAUCUGAAUGAAGUUCUAGCUAAGGACAACAUAAAGCUUUCUGUCAAUGACUUCAUUAUAAAAGCAUCAGCUCUGUCGUGCCGCAAGGUUCCCGAAGCCAACUCCUCCUGGAUGGACAACUAUAUCCGACAGUACAACUCUGUAGAUGUCAAUGUAGCAGUGGCCACACCUAACGGUCUCAUCACCCCUAUAGUCUUCAGAGCCGACACCAAGGGUUUAUCCGACAUUACUCAGGAUGUUUCCAGACUAGCAGCAAAGGCAAGAGAGGGCAAACUCCUACCGCAGGAGUUCCAGGGAGGAACCUUCACUAUUUCAAACCUUGGCAUGUACGGGAUAAAGUCAUUCUCUGCUGUAAUCAACCCUCCACAGGCAUGUAUCCUAGCGGUGGGUGGGGCAGAAAAGAGGCUGGUCGUGGAUGAAGACAGCAAUCAAGGAUAUGGCCAGGCCAACAUGAUGUCUGUAACUCUCAGCUGUGAUCAUCGGGUCGUAGAUGGAGCUGUCGGUGCCCAAUGGCUCGCAGAAUUCAGGAAGUUCAUGGAGCGACCAGAAACCAUGCUCCUAUAAUGGAUUAUAUAGGAUAACGGUCCAUGGAACAUGAAAUCUCAAGUGCUAGAAAAACAAGUGCAAUCAGAAAACUGGAACAGGAACAACUGGCAGUUAUAGUGCCUUUUUGUUUCUGGUUUUUUUACCCUACAGCAGUAUGAGAAUGUCUCCAGUGAUGAUCUGAGUGAACCAAAAUGAAAUUUCGAUACAUGUGUGCUGUCUGUUAUGAUAAACAAGUUCACGCGCAGGGUGUCAUACACUGAUAUAACAUGACACUUAUCUGAUGACAAGAUUCAAGGUCUGCAUUGAUAGCUAGAAGGAAUAGGAGAGUGUUCUUUGUGAUAUUUUCCUUAAAGUAGGAUGUCUUGAGGUCUUCUAGAUGUGCUCAAUUUCAGACCGAAAUGUCCAUCCGAUCAAGAUACAGCAUUUCUCUUCAAGGAAUAUUAGGUUUCUAGUUUUGUAGAACAAUUUUCAUGGGAGUUAUCAGAUCACUUGACUAGCUGCGAACCAGGGGACAAUACUCUAAUGAUAUUUGAAGUAGGAGUACAGACUUAUGGGCUCACUACGGUAAUAGUCACAAACACAACACUACAAGUUUACUUCAGAAUUAUGGUGGAGAAUAAUGUAUUUUCUCCAAUUAUAACAUGAUAAGGAAGUAAUAGGGAGUUGUUUUAUAGAUAGAGGAAGUUUUAUAUUUUAACAACAUGUUACUUUAGUGCUAUUUCAUUUGACGAACAAGUUAUCAUGUUGUGUUUUAGGAUUAAAAUUUUCCCCCAGACUACUAAUUAUACUUUUGUACUUGUCAUUGAUGAUGAGUAGGUAUUUAUGAAGACAAACAUCCUGUAUUCCAGCAGGCAGCACAUUUGUGAUAACUAGCCACGAAUGUGUCGGUUACUGAUGGUACUAACCCGAUACAGUAUGUAUGUAGUACAUGGAGACGUUGAUGUUUUAUGCUUUAUAUUAGAAGGAUGUCGGAGGAAGGACCGUGAGGGUGAAAACCGAGACAUUGUUAAAAUUGUGUUUUACCCAAACAUUAUGUUUGUAUAUAAUUUAUUCAAAUUAAAUGUUGUAAACAAAUAA